CUCGGUCUCGGAGGGUUGGGGGGAGGGGGACGGAUGAGUUUGGCGCAAAGCCUGCCGGGGCAUGGAGUCCCGGCGAGCUUUGUGCGCAUGUGCGAAAAGGUGCCGCUGUCCCGCCUGGGCUCGCCGGCCCCCAUGGAAGUCCCGGCCCCCCCACAGCAGGUCCUGCCGCCCCCGCCCGUGAAGCAGGAGCAGCGGGCUGCCGAGGGCCUGGCCCUGGACUCGCCGUGGCACCGCUUCCGGCACUUCCACCUGGGCGACGCGCCGGGCCCCCGCGAGGCGCUGGGCCUGCUGCGCGCGCUCUGCCGGGACUGGCUGCAGCCUGAGGUGCACACCAAGGAGCAGAUGCUGGAGCUGCUGGUGCUGGAGCAGUUCCUGAGCGCCUUCCCCGCCGACAUCCAGGCCUGGGUGUGCAGCCGCGGGCCCCAGAGCGGCGAGGAGGCCGUGGCCCUGCUGGAGGAGCUCUGGGGACCAGCCAUGAAGGCCCCUCGAGAUGUGACAGAAGGCUCUGGGGUCAGCGCUGGAAAGGAAGUCGGUGGGAUGGUUCCAUUAGGAGACCCGGCCCCCCGGGCUGAGGAGCUGGCGCCGGGGGACGCCCAGGCCGCGCGCCCCUACAAGCAGGAGCCGGGCAGCCCCCCGCCCGCCCCGCCCGCGCCGCCCGCGCCCGGCCUGCCCGCCUUCCUGGGGGCCCCGGGCGCCGUGUCCUGCCCCGAGUGCGGCAAGGCCUCGCUGAAGCCGGCGCACCUGCUGCGCCACCGGCAGAGCCACUCGGGCGAGAAGCCGCACGCCUGCCCCGAGUGCGGCAAGGCCUUCCGGCGCAAGGAGCACCUGCGGCGCCACCGCGGCACGCACCCCGGCGGCCCCGGGCCCGCCCUGCGCCCGCUGCCCGCGCGCGAGAAGCCGCACGCCUGCUGCGAGUGCGGCAAGACCUUCUACUGGCGCGAGCACCUGGUGCGCCACCGCAAGACGCACUCGGGCGCGCGGCCCUUCGCCUGCUGGGAGUGCGGCAAGGGCUUCGGGCGCCGCGAGCACGUGCUGCGCCACCAGCGCAUCCACGGGCGGGCGGCGGGCGGCGCGGGCGGGGCGCCGGCGGCGGGCCCCGAGGGCGGGGGGCCCUUCCCGCCCUGGCCCCUGGGGUAGCCGCUGCCGCCCUCCGUGCUGCCCGUCCAGCCCCCCGUCCCGCAGCCCUCCUGCCGCACCGGCUCCUCUGGUGUGACUUUCCCAUGCCCUCAUGGUCUCUGUGCUUUCCCAAGUCUCUGUCCCAAACCUCACUGUCCUGUUCAGACCUCACCUCUGUCGCCCUUCCCGACCUCCCAGCCCCUUCCACUCGGUAAAAGGUGCCUCCACGUGUCCUCCCUUCCUCCCUCCUUCCGCUCCACCCACUCCCUACCCCCGGGGUGGGAGCGAGGCGGACCGGGAGCCCAGAAGAGGAGCGAGGGCGGGAGCAGCAGGCGGGGCCCCUUUGACCCAGAGGAGGCUGGAGGAAGGGCACUGGAUCUUGUCCCCAGGACACCCCCCCCCAGGACAGACGGGGGGACGGGGAACGGAGGGGGAUGGUUGACAAGACGGUCGGGGGUCUGGUAGUGGCCUCCUUGGUCUGGCUCUCCUGCACGACCCAGGAAGGCAUGAGAUGGACAGAGAUGCCUGCCUGUGGGAAGUGCAUCGGAGACGACAGUUCACCAGCAUCUGCAGAGUAAUAAAGUCACUGAUGAGGCGUGCAGACCCAGAGUCCCAGGUUCUGUUGUAGACGGCCACCCUCCUGAGCUGAGCGCCUCUAGGGAGGGGCCCUGCGGGUCCCACCUCGGACCCUCCCAGCGUGCAGGAGGCCCUGGGAGUCUGGGCUUAGCCCUGGGGCACCAGCUCCCUGACCUUGAACCUAGAGAUGAGGAACCCCCUUUAGGUGAUGGGAGAUGAGCCUUCACAAGCGUCUACACGGCACAGGAAAUGUUCGCCCAUCGCCUCAUGGAAUCCACCUGGCGGCCCCAGGAGCAAGUCCCCCAACUUGCAUCUUAUAGAGGCUGGAAAGAGGCUCCAAGAAGGGAUCCAACCUAGCGCCAAACAGGCUCAGGUUCGAAUCUCCACCCUACCGUUUCCUGGCUGCAUAAUCUAAGGUCACACCCCUCUCUGAGCUUCAGUUCCCACAUCUGUAAAUAAUAGUGGUACCCACGUCCCUUGUUAGGAGUAUUACUUGGGCAGGUUACCUCAUUUCAUGUGGGUCCCCAGAUGUCAGUAUCAGCAGGUCCCUUGGGUGGCCCAUUUUGCCAAGAGGAAUCCAGUCUCCUGCUGGGUGUGGGGUUGGAGCCUGGCGGCAAUGGGUCUG